AUGGAUUCGGAUGACCGGAAGGUGAAGAAUUCCGUCCCUGAGGUCAAGCAAGUUCCCUCAUCUCCGUCACCUUUACUUCUUCCGCCUUUACAUGAACUAGAUGUUGAGUCCGGGGUCAAUGCUACGGAGACUACAAGAUUACCGCCUUUUCUUUUCCGUCCAGUGCCAAGUUCGCAUACUACUACCACUACUACAGAUGCAUUAUACGGGGACAGGAAUGUCACCGGUCGCUCUCGAUCACUUUUUAGUCCUGAAUUAAAUUUGCAAUCUCAAAAGAUCUAUGAAGAUAUUCCAGAGACUAAUACACUAGCGCUCCCGCCUCCCCUUGCGUCUAUACAUGAGGAAAGCACUGGCAAUAAUAAUACCGGAAGUGGGGCAACGCUAAAUCCUUCAAUCCUUCACCCUACGUCAACCUCGACGACUACAACCCCUGUACCCCCGACAGGAGACUAUGCUGCGGAGGAACAAACGAUGUGGACAAUGCCAGCAGAGCUGAAGGUCAUUCCAGCUAGUUCCUACGCAUCUAGAGCCGGGUCUUUCACCUUGACGCCACAACCAACUUCGCGCGGGACCUCGUCAAGCCGGUUACAGGGGUCUUUCAUCCCGCCCCCGCUUCGCCAAAGUACCGUGGCAAUAGGCAUCACUGAGGAUAAUACAGACUCAUCAGACGCUGCUUCUACUACUGGCGAUAGUGGAUCGGUAUUUGAUGACGACGACUACUUUUCCGACAGUACCACCUACACCGCCUCCUUACUCUCUGACGUGAAAGACUACACAUACGAAAAUGGGCGACGGUACCAUUCCUAUCGAGAAGGCCACUACGUCCUGCCCAAUGACGACCUCGAACAAGACCGACAAGAUUUACUCCACCACGUCCGCAGUCUCGUUCUAAACGGUGCUCUCUUCCGCGCGCCUGUAGACAAAAACCUCCAGCGCGCUCUCGAUGUAGGCACCGGGACGGGCAUAUGGGCGAUUGAUUUUGCCGACAACUACCCCGGCACUGAAGUGGUAGGUACCGAUCUCAGUCCGAUUCAGCCCUCUUGGGUCCCGCCGAACCUACGAUUCCUAGUCGACGACGCGGAGUCGCCGUGGUUGUUCAAACGAGAUCAACCCUUUGACUUUAUCCACAUGCGGGAUCUGGGAGGCUCCAUCGCCGACUGGACACAACUUCUGCAACAGGCCAACGCACAUCUCAAACCGGGUGGUUGGAUCGAAUUACAGGAAUUUGAAGUCACGCUGAAGUCGGACGACGACUCAAUGCGCUUGGCACCGACGUUGUGCCAAUUUAUCGGCCACCUGCAUGAGGCCAGCGCAAAGUUUCACCGACCGAUGAAUAUCGCCGAAGGGCACCGGCAGCGGCUUGUAGAGGCUGGUUUUGAAGAUGUCAGAGAUGAGAUGUACAAGGUUCCGUGCAGCACUUGGCCCAAGGACCCCACCCAGAAACAGAUUGGUAAAUUCAACUUAGCUUCUUUGUUGAUGGCCGUUGAGUCGUACUCUCUGGCCUUAUUUACUCGAGUUCUGGGAUGGACAAAUCUCGAAACCCAGGUUUUCCUAACGGGUGUCCGUAAAGACCUCAAAAAUCCGAAAGUCCAUGCGUAUUGCAACCUACAUGUCGUCUAUGGCCGGAAGCCGGAACAUAAUUAUCGGGGCCUAGCUAAGCUGGGUACUGAAUCGGCCUGA